CUUUGUCUGACCACCUCUUCUGUCAAUGUGAUAUGUAAUUUUCAAUUUGUUGUCGCCCCAGAAACAGCCUUCGUUCGGAUCUAGCACGCAAUGGCCGAACCGCAACUCUUUCUGGCUUCUCUGGUAUGCAUGUACCUCGUUCUGCGCGUUCAAGGCUUCUUCAUUCGGCCCUCCUCUCCACCUUCGUUUCCUACAACAAUCUUCAGCCGCUCUUUCUCUCGCAAUCUUUCACUCUACGCCAACUCCGAAAAAAUCAACGGGGAAGAUCCUAAGUCUCGUGGUGACAGCAAGAAGAAAACGAGCAAAGAACCCAAGACGGGUUGGACGCACAGUACGCCGGAUCCCACCUCUGACUUUUGGGAGCCUGGUCCUGAAAGGCCAAAACCCGACGAAGAGCCGAAAAAGCUACGGACGGGGUGGCUGCACAACGCCGAGUCAAAAGAAAAGAAGUCUCUCUCUGUUACGGACGCUUCCGGGCUUCCGAAUUCGGGAAAAACUGGUGGAUUUUCCGAAGCCCAACGCCGGUUGCAACUCGCCAUGAGACAACAGGAACGCAAUCAUCGCAUCAUCGCGCCGCCGACCCUACACGCGUGUGGUACAGAUUUUCCCAUUGUGAUCACUGAACACAAAAUUUCGCUACCUCUCAGUCGAGUAGAACCGCCUUCCCGUUUGGACGUCUAUUUCACUAUUGUUGAAAAGGUACGGUCGGAAAAGGAUAGAAAGUGGUUUGCUGGUCUCGCAUCCCGAUCCCCCCAGCAACGCGCGGGUGAUUACGUAGCGUUUGCUAACAUGGAAACGGCAACCGACAUGAUCCUCUACUUACAAGGAGGUCCUGGUUUUGGAGCGCCAGUACCUGUUGCAAGUCUUGGUCUCGAGAAGGACAGCAGCUGGGCGGCAAAGGCCUUGGAAAUGUACACACGUGUUGUCCUCAUGGACCAACGAGGAACGGGUCAGUCCACGCCAAUCACAAAACAGACUCUUGAAAUAAAAUUCCCAAAUCUUUUUUUGCUCGAUUCAAAAGAAACUGUUAAUCUCACUCUCAACGAGCUGGAAGGAGAAGAUGCUGCUUUGGUAAAGCAAGCAGUUUUGGAGGCCACCUCUUACUUGUCUCAUUUUCGAGCCGACAAUAUCGUUCAAGAUGCGGAGGAAAUUCGAGAUGCGCUCUUGACUCCGAUAGAAACCGAUAACAUAGCUCGACCGUGGGGUUGCUCGCUGGGACAAUCGUUUGGCGGGUUUUGUUUAAUGACCUACUUAUCUCAGGUUGCGCACCCUCCGCAACUGUGCCUUUUCACUGGAGGAAUAGCGCCGAUACUGACGCAGACCUACGAUGUGUACGCAUCGUUGUGGGAGCGUGCGAAAGAGCGCAGCUUGCUGUACUAUGAUAUGUACCCCAGUGAUAUUGUUCAGGUCAAGAAAAUUGUCUCGAGGCUACUGGUUGAACCGGUUUCUUUGCCAUCCGGCGGCAAGCUAACUGCGCGCAGGUUUCUACAGCUUGGGUUGGCACUGGGGGGAUCGCCUACCAGCUUUGCUCGUCUACAUGCUCUCAUUAACUCGGCAUUCGUUGAAGGUACAGAUGAAAGUGCGCUAAAAUUUCGUCGGACGUUUCUUAAAGAGAUUGACUCUGAACAGAACUUCGAUGAUGCACCAAUCUACUUUUGGCUGCACGAGAGCAUAUAUGCCAAUGGUAAGAAUAACUCGCCAACACAUUGGACGGCUCACCGUGCUUACGAGGACAAGGUGAAGAGUCAACCUGAUUUCGAUUUCGUACAGACUAGCACCAUACUUUCAACCGACCAGCCGACGCUUUUCUUUUCCGAAAUGGUAUUUCCUUGGAUGGCAGAAGACUACGCAGAACUGAAGGGAGUGGGUCUAAAUGCCAUGGCAAAUGAUUUGGCGGCGAAAGAGGAUUGGGGAAAAUUAGUUGAGGAAGAUCAAAUGCGAGAGGUCCUCAGCGACGGUCGAUCUACAGCUGCUGCAGCAGUCUACUACGAUGAUCUCUAUGUCGAUUUUGAUAGUUGCAUGAAGGUGACGGCACACGGUGGACCUCUGGAAGCUUGCAAGGUUUGGAUUACCAACGAUUAUCAGCACUCGGGACUACGAGACGACGGAGCGCUCAUCUUUGCAAAACUUCACGGAAUGGCAAAUGGGUGUAUCCGCACGCCGAGCUAA